AUGGACCAAGUAGAACUGCUCCUCCCCUCUUCGCGAAACAAGGAGAAACCAGGCUCUCCGAUUCCGGAGUUCUGUGGAUUGCGCCUGCGAUCGGGCUGGCUAUGGUUGGGGCCGGGAGUAUUGUUGUCGCGAAAUGGGAUUUCGGAUCAUGCUGUUGAUGCGUAUUGCAAGUAUGCCAGCAGUAUUAUUGCGAUUAUUGAGAUGGGGGAGAAUACAUCUGCAGGAUUGCUGCCUCUCGCUACUGAGGAUAUAUAUUCGAAUUUGGGGUUUCAGUGGGCGAGUACGACGUUGGCUUUUGUUGCGUUGGCGUUCUCUGUUGUGCCGUUUUUCUAUUUGUUUGGGGGAAGGGAGAUUCGGGCGAAGAGUCCAUUUAUGUGGGAGUCUAUGCAGGUGGUUAGGAAGAAGGAUGUGGUGGGCGUGUGA